AUGCAGCCAGGGUACGCCCAGCUACGCGGUAGCGAGGCGGAUGCAGGCGGGGAAGUGGAGGCUGAAGAGGAAGACAAGCGACCUGUUGCCGGGGAUAGCAGCUACGAUUCGUUGUGGGAUGACGUUGACGGUAGCAAUGCACUGGAAGAGCUGAAGUCACCACGAGACCACGACGCGCACUCUCUCAUUGACGUGCUGUCCAGCCAGCUCCAGAACCGGGAGAUCCCGCAGUAUCUGGACGAGUUCGAGGUCGUGAUCCCCGACGCUGAGGUCGUGGUCGGAUCGGUGCCUAUUGAGGAGGUGCAGCAGCGAGAGCAGCAGGUGGAGGAGGCGAAGCUCCGUCAGGCCGAACUGGAGAGCGCCCUCUAUCGUCAGCGCGAGAUUCAUUUGGCCAAGCAAGAAGCGCUGGCUCGUGAGCGAUUGUUGCAGGAAGCUCGACGAAGACAUGCUGAGCUGGUGCUGAAAGACCGCCAAGCUGCUGAAGCCAUGCAGCUACGCGCGCGGAGAAUUGGGCACGUGUUCCAGCAGGCUGAGACCCAUUUGAAGGACACUUUGAAGAAACAAGAGGCGCGGGUCGAGCAGAUUUAUGGGUCGUUGAUGCCCUCGCGCGUCCCGCAGAGUCGAAAGAGGUACCGAGUGGAGUGGGCUCGGAUACCGCUGGCUAUCCGCGUGAGGGGCAGGAUGCUGAACGCCGUGAAAGAUAAGCUGCCGCAUGGUCAGUACGUUAUGGUGGCGACUUUGUAUGAUCGUUUGGGCGGUCAUGCGCUACACUGGACGAAUUGGGACCCAGAAGUAUCUCCGGCAGCAGAGACAACCAGUGAUAGUAAUCCAUCGAGUACUCACAGGGGUCGUCCUAACUUCACGCGGCCAUUCCAUCACCGCGGCCGCUUCUACAAUACUGAAGUCGUCGUGAACCAAGACAUGUUCGUGGUUUGUCCGCCAGAAGUGGAGCUGCGACCAGGGAACACCAUCAUCUUUGAGCUUUUCCUGCUCUCUCAGUCGACCGCAGCGGCUUACGCUGGCAAUAAUGUGAUGUCGAUGCCUAAAAGGAGGCGACGGGGAGGGGGUCAGCUCCUAAAUCAAACUAUGGCGAUGCAGACCGACCACGUCGUAGCCUGGGGGGCCUUACCACUCACGACACCCGAGUUUCAGGUCGUGCAGGGGAAGUUCAAGCUGCCACUACUGCGCGGAGAAAUGGAUCACACGAUGGACAAGUACCAAGACAUGGAAAAAAUGUACCGGCACGACUUGUCCUCGUGGCUCUGCAAUUUCUACCUCCAAGUGUACCAUCUCCCCAAGCCUCCUGCUGCCUUGCUGCACCGGUCACCUCGGAAUCGAGGCACAGAUGAUGAUUACUUUGAUGCGGAGAUUGAUGAGCGCGGUGGUCUGCUACGACUAAUGCUGCCAGAGGUGGAAAACAGUCACCAAAGGUAUAUGCGUAAGAUGUCGACGCAGCCGAGUGACUCUGGUCAGACUAUUCGGAAGCGGUCGCAGUCUUCCGCUCAAUCUCAUGUAAAGGGCAAUUCCAAGCAUCAUGGCGGUGCAGCAGUGAAGCCGUACUCGUCAGCGUCGACAUUGUUGGUGGACGAGGAGGAGGCCACAACUACCAAGAAAAAGAGAGCCAAGCCGCCCCCGCGAAUUUUGUCCUCAACGCGGUGGCGGUGGAAGCGAUGGCUCUCUAGCUUCGGUCAAACCAAGAAGACUCGGGUCUACGUACGUGGUGUUUUUUUUUCUCCUUUACACUGUCCUCGACACUUACUAACAUGA